CAUUUUUCGGCCCAAUUGCUGUUGUGCCACGUUUUCGUCGCGAUGCGCGGCCGCCUCAUGCAUGGGGGGUCUUCCACUUGCCGUGGCAUCCUGCAGCGCACUAUAGGCCUCGGCGCUUCCGGCGCGCCCUCCCCGCGCUGCCGGCGGCCCGCCGCCGCCGCGGGCGCGGGCGGCCGCCGGGCAGCCGCAGGCCUCCCGGGGGGCCGUGGGCAGCGCCGCGUGUGGCACUGGGGGUCUGCGAGCUCAGGCCUCUACGAGGACCCGACCGCAGCGGAGGCCGCUGUCCGGAUAGAG